ACCGCACCACACAGCACAGCACCGCACCGCACCGCACAGCACCGCACCGCACCGCACCGCACAGCACAGCACCGCACCGCACAGCACCUCCCGAGAACCCAUACGACACCAAACACACCACUAAACAACCACCACCAAAACACUCGCCAGGACAACAAACAAACAUGACGCUCCUCGAAUUCCAGACGGCCCAGGAACUCAAGACCUUUGUGGAAUCGAACCCGGUCUGCGUGGUCGCCUUCAGCGCCCACUGGUGCGGGCCCUGCAAGGCCUCCAGGCCCGGGCUCGAGSAGCUGGCGAGGGACUCCAAAAAGGUCCCGGUGUCCCUCGUCCACGAGGACGACAACGACAUCGGGGACUACCUCCACACCUUUCGCGUCCGGGCCUUUCCCACCUACGUUCUCUUUGCGAGCGGRACCGAGGCCGAGCGCGUGGAGGGGGCCAACCUGCCCGGCCUGAAGGCCAUGAUCGAGAGGCACGAGGCCAAGGCGGGUCCCUCUAUGCCGUCUUCGGGCGGAAACACCCUGGGCGGAUCGCACAGCGAAGCCGACGCGAGGGCCCUCCGGCUGGCGAGGCUGGGCGGCGGGGGAGGCCCCGCGGAAGCAGCAGCAACCGCUGCGGAGGCCCAACCGGAAUCGAAAGAGGAACAGGCCGUUCCCAUGGAGACGGAGGAUUCCAAGCCGGCAGCGGAGGAAACGGAAGCCGUUGCUCCCCAAAAUAGCGCCAGCACCAGCGACAGCAACAGCAACAGCAACAGCGACGAACCGAAACAGAGCCCGGUCGAUAGCCUCGAUCCGGAGGCCCUCCGAAACCUGACGGAGGAGAUGGGGUUUUCGCUGGUCCGGGCCCAGAARGGCCUCCUCUACUCGUCCGGGAACACGGUGGAAUCCGCGAUCGAGUGGCUGAUGGAACACCAGGACGACGCCGACAUCGACGACCCCAUYCCGGAGGACCCUUCGGGUGGCGGUGGAAGCGGAGCGGGCAGCGGAGCACCCAAGGCGGUGUCCUACAAGUGCAACGCCACCGGAAAGAUCUUUGCCACCCUCGCCGACCUCGAGCUGCACGCGAACCGAACGGGGCACACCGACUUUGAGGAGUCGACCGAGACGGUCAAGCCCAGGACGCCGGAGGAAAAGGCCGCCAAGAUCCUGGAGCUCAAGGCCCUCCUCAAGAAGAAACGCGCCGAGCGGGAGGAGGCCGAGAAGGUCGACCACACGGAGCGGGAGAAGCAGCGCCGGUUCAUGGGCAAGGAAAUGGCCCAGACCCGGGAGCAGAUGGAGGCCGAGCAGCGYAAGCGGGASGCRAGGGCGCGCAAGAAGGAAAAGAUCGAGUUCAAGAAGGAGCGGGAMCGGAUCCGGGCCGAGCUGGAAAAGGACAAGCGGGAGCGGAUGGCGAACAAGGGAAAGCUCAAGGGACGCCUGGGGGUGGACGGGUACGCCCCGUCGGCGAUCCAGUACGAGAACGGAAGCGGCGAGGAGCCGGCGGCCCAGCGCCCAAAGACAAGCGGCGCCGGCGCCGCCAGGAUCGACGAGUGCAUAUCCAAGGUGGCGAGCUACCGGGCGGGCGGCGACGGCGGCAAGUGCCUCAAGGUCCUGGGCCUGCUGGUGGGAAACGCCGCCGACCACCCGGAAGAGGAAAAGUUCAAGAGCAUCAACAUGGAAACCAAGACGUACAAGAACAAGGUCAAGCCCUUUGUGGGGGCCAAGAGCCUCCUGCUGGCGGUCGGCUUUGGGCUGCCGGAGAAGAACAACGACGGAACCCACCUGGUGCUGAGGGAGGACGCCGACCUCGAGCUUUUGAAGGCCACCAAGGCCAAGCUGCAGGAAGCACUGGCGAAAUACGGCUAGCAGCAGCAGGACGGACGACGCGGCUUGGGUCGUKAUGGCCGGUGCGAAACCAACGGAAAACCCGACCUUUGCUCGGGAGGAUUGCCCCACGGGAUUUAGUUCGGCGGUUGGCGGGAUCCGACCAACUCGAGAAAACGAGAAACGAUGUUGCAGCUAUAAAMAUUCAAACWUUUA